CACGAACCUUCGGUAAGUUACUCGUUUUUAAACGAGCAUUGAAAGAAGGAAAACUCGCGGUUCAGCAAGUGAGUCAUUUGUUGAUGGUGAAUUCCUGAAGUUCAUUCGGCGAAGGAUUCGUUGUAACGUGAGUGAAAAAAAAAUGAAUCAUGAAAAGCUCAAAAGAGUCAUUUGUUCGUGAAUCGGAGCGUUGUUUGUUUUGGCAUGCAGCUCGCGAGGACAGGACAGCUCAAGAGAAGGACGUACGCGCUGUUUUUAUCACCACAUUCAAUUCAGACUUCAGAAUUACAUUCACAAAUGUGGUAAAUAUGAUGUUGUGGCGCUGGAGAGUCUCUGACAUAACCACAAACAGAAACGUUUCUCGAAAAUACGAUAUAGCCACAAUUAAGGUGAUUAAAAUCGAGUCUGUAAAGGGAUUUUUUUAAGUAUUUAAUUUUUAUAUACAUAUAAAAAAUAAAAUAUAUAGAUUAUUAGAUAAUCCGCGAAACAAACCUUUGAGCUCCUCUGCUUUUGGCGCUUAAUUUGAAUCGCGGAACCACCAAACAUUUGUGAUUUGAUUUGAAUUGAUUCGUUUCUAUGGGAACCGUGGAACGUAAUAGCGUCCUUCGCUGACGUCACAACAGAGCGCUAUUUAAAGACUGCGCUUCGAAUCUCGCUUUCAUAGCGACUAAAGUUCAUCCAGAGUUUUCAUGUUUGAGUGUUCACAUACAUACGGUAAUCUGUUCAGAGUCACUUGCAGUGUCUAUAUUGUUUGACAACAACUGUACAUCUGAUAUUAUCAGAUUUCUUUUGAUUUGUCAGCAUUGGAUACAUAAUGGCUUCUAACUACAGAGAGGUGCGUAUAGAGAUAUACUUCAACGGAGAAUUCUACUGCGGUGAUAGUUGCUGGGUACCAGAUGGGGAAGAGGUGGAGUUGGAGUUUAAGAUCACCGAUGCCAUCUACGACCUUAUCGGUACCGAUCCAUCGGCACAGAUCCAUCUGGAGCUGCAGGCUGAGACUGAUGAUGAUGACAUCUCAGUCAGUUACUGCGCUCUAGAGGGGAAUGUUGUGAAGCUUGUUGCUGAUAAGAUCAAGACAACAUCAGUCUGUGAAUGUGGAGCGAAAGAGAAGUUGGAGUCACGGGUGUGUGAAGGUCCGACUGACCCAGAAGGACCUUCAGCCGAAGUGGCAGAGAGCAGCAGUGGCGUGGAUGCUUCUCUUGAAGCCCCUGAGAUCCGCCCAACAGAAAGUACCAAUGGGUGGAUAAACACAAUUGGCACAUUCUUUAAAAGGCUUUUCUGGAAGGAUCCGGCUGUUCCAGAGUCAGUGUGUGUCACAGAUGCAAGCAUUCCUGAGCCAACAUCUGAAUUGGAUCUGGUCGAUACCGAGCAAUCAAGUGUCCCAUUUCCAAGUAUUCCUGAGCCGGAACCUGAACCAGAGGAGUCAACUGUCCCAGGUCCAAGCAGUUCUGAGCCAGUUGAUCUGGUUGAUCCAGAGGAACCGUGUGACCAGGUUCCAAGAGUUCCUGAGCCGGAACCUGAAUUGGACCUGGUUGAUCCAGAGUCAGGUGUCCCAGGUCCAAGCGGUUCGGAGACAUUGGGUCAGGAGGUUGACGUUGAUGAUGCCAUCUCAGAUUUGAAGAGCCCUACACUGGUGUCUGAAGAUCUGAAGAUGGACGCUUCUCCUGAAACCCCUGAGGAGAACAGCCCAAAAAAAAGUACUAAAGUGAAGAAGAAGAAGAUGCACAAAAUUUGUGCAUUCUUCAAAAGGCUUUUUGGAAAAGAUCGGACUGUUCCAGAGCUGUUGUGCGUUCCAGAUGCGAGCACUCCUGUGCCGGAACCUGAACUGGAUUUGGAUGCUAUCGAGCCAUCAAGUGUUCCAGUUCCAAGCGUUCCUGAACUGGAACCUGAUCUGGAUCUGUUUGAUUCAGAUGAGUCAUCAUGUGACCAGGUUCCAACCAUUCUUGGGCUGGAAGCUGAUCUGGAUCGGUUUGAUUCGGAUGAAUCGUGUGUCCCAGGUCCAAGCAGUGCUGUGCCAAAUCCUAAAGCAAGCACUUCCAAGCAGCAUCCAUGUUUCCAUUUGGAAGAGCGUGUGAAGGCCUGUAGAAUGCGUUACAAACCUGUCACUCAGGUCUGGAACAACAUCUUCAUUGGAAAUGAAGAGACAGCGAGGGACCGAAUGAGAAUGAAAGAGCUGGGCAUUACUCACAUCCUGAAUGCUGCGGCUAUGAAAAAGAAACUGAGGAUCUUGUUGGGAAUGCCAUGGGAGCAAGACGUGAAAGACACAGUUGACACCGGGGCCCGUUAUUACAGAGGAAUGAAGAUCCAUUAUUGUGGCUUGCCUACAACAAAGACUUCCAACAUCAGCAAAUACUUCUUGCCAGCUGCCAAAUUUAUCCACAAGGCCAAGGAAAACUCAGAAAAUAAGGUGUUCAUUCACUGCACAGAUGGUGUCAGCUACGCUCCUACACUUUUUUUGGCAUACCUCAUUAUCCACCAAAACAUGACUGUGGAGGAUGCCAUUGAUUAUCUGGUAAAGGUGAAAUACAUCAAGCCCGACAUUGACUUCCUGAGGCAGCUGGCAAUCCUGCAAUGUGGAAGUUGUACACAAGUAACAACAAAUGCACAGCACCCAUUUAAAAUGGUGCACAGAUUUGUUUAAAAAAUGCACAGAUCGUAUUUUUUUAUCUGUGCACUUUUUAAAUAUGCUCAUAUUGAAAAGUGCACAGAUAAAAACAACAGAUCAGAUUUUAGCGAGGUUAGUAAGAUCAGGGAAGAAGGAGGCGGGAACCGGAUCCAAAAACGCACUGUCAUCCAGUCCUGCACCUGCUGGGUGAACUCCUCCGCGAUGCCCUCAGUGGACGGCUCGAUACUCUUCCACCGCCUGGUGGCCGCAAGGAGACGGUUUUUCCGUGUUCGGGCAGACGGCAGGAGUUCCCUGGGACAGGUUCCGGCCUCAGAGAACGGCGGCGACUCCUCCGCUCCCUCACAGACUUCAGACAGCCGCCCCUCCACUCCCCAGGCGGUUGGCAGCGAAUUCGUCCGUCCCCCUGGCGAAUCACUCCAGUCUCUGCUCGAUGGCACCGCGGAUUCCCCACAGCGGCGAGGACUCUAUGACAGUGCGUUCCUCCUUCCUCCCGGCCUCGCCCCUAAAUUUUAAUAAAAUAUUACAAUUGGUUAA